AUGCUGUCUGCUGACGUUGUGACCCGGCUUUGGCUUCUUUACACCCUAACAUACGCUACACUCAGUAGUGCUGCCACGCUACUUCAGGGCGGAACAGUAAUCACUUGGGAUGCACCCGCCAACUACCUCGAUGUCAUUCGUAACGGUUCUGUCCUUGUAGAAAAUGACACGAUUUCCGCCGUCUUUUCAGGAUCAUAUAAUGGUACCCUGCCAUCCGACUUGGAAGUCGUUGAUGCGACCAACGACAUCAUUUCAACAGGCUUUGUCGACACGCACCGCCAUAGCUGGCAGACGGCUUUCAAGACCCUAGGCUCUAAUACCACUCUUAUGACAUACUUCCAACGCUACGGCACCGACUCGCCUGCUGCUAGAUUGUUCACGCCCGAGGAUGUGUACAUUGGUCAGCUAGUCGGAUUGUACGAAGCCCUGAAUGGAGGCGUCACGACCAUCGUGGACUACCCACACUGCACAUGGUCAGCAGAGCAUGCCAUGGCAGCACUGAAUGCCACGUUCGAAAGCGGUGUCCGAGCUGAGUUCGCGUACUACUUCGAAAGCUAUCCAAACUUUACAAUUGAAGGGCAAACAAAGCUUUUCCGAGACUUGGCCAGGGAUGCCCGAUUCCAUAAAUCACCCACCAACUUGGCUAUCUCGUAUGACAACUUCAGUAGCAAUAACAAGAGAGAAACUCGUCACGUCCUAGAUCUCGCAAUCGAACACAACGUAUCCGUCCUAACCACCCACGCCAACGGCGGCAUCUACGGCGCCCCCAACUUCCCCUCGGUCCUCCAACCCUUCAACAUCCUCAACACCUCCAUCCCCAUAAUCUUCGCCCAUGCCAGUUACCACACCCCCACUGACGCCCAGCUUCUGCGCCAAUACAACCAUUUCAUCUCCACAACCCCGGAGUCAGAAAUGCACUACGGCCACCUCCACCCAAACUCCCACCUCCUCAUGGACCAAGCAUCCCUCGGCAUAGACACCCACUUCACCUUCUCCUCCGACAUCCUCACCCAAGCCCGCCUCUGGCUCCAGGGCGUAAGAAAAACUCUCUACACAGAGGUCAUAAACCGCCGCCACAUCCCCGCCCGCAACCCAAUGUCAGCAAACCAAGCCUUCCUCCUCGCAACCCGCAACGGCGGCCUCGCCCUCCGCCGCCCAGACAUUGGCAUCUUAGCUCCCGGAGCCAAAGCAGACAUCCUCGUCUGGAACGGGCGCGCACCCAGCGUGCUGGGUUGGAGCGAUCCCGUUGCGGCGAUUAUGCUGCAUGCAAAUGUUGGGGAUAUCAAGCAUGUCAUGGUGAAUGGUGUGUUUCGAAAGCGAGACGGGGAGAUCACAGCGAAGGAGUAUGCGAGACUGCAGGAUAGGUUUCUGGAGAGUGCGAGGAGGAUUCAAGGGUUGUGGAGGGAGAUGCCGAUGCCUGUUAGUGAGGGGGAAGCAGCAAAUGGUGUGGGGUUUGAAGAGCCGAUGGAGGCGGAUGUGCAAAGGGGGGAAGGGACGGGGUAUGGGCCUUUGUUUGUUUAG